AUGGCUAAGAGGUCUAGUACAAAAAGAUAAUAUGUUAAAAUUUCGAAAAAUCAAAAAUAAGCCUUACUCCAUUUAGUCUUCUAAACUGGAAUGAAAAUUAGAGAAGUAAUAUAGAUAUUAACAAUUAGGCAGCCAUAAGAUUAAAAAUCAAAUAUGCAGCUUCUAAAACCUUAGUGUUAUAAUUUAGAAAAAAAUUAAUAAAGAAAGAGUUUCAUUAUGCCUCUGAGAAACCUUGUUAGACUUUUCCAAGAAAAAAGGACACUACGACAGUUAAAAUCAUAUCAUAAGUUGGAGGAAAAGAAAUCAGUUCAAAAACAUAUAUAUACAAGUGA